ACCACCUAAUUGGCAUCAAACUUUGCUACAAAAAGAUCUAAAAUCCAUCUUCAAUUUUCCAUUGGGAAUCUCUUUAUUUUUCUCUCUCAUGGCUUUUUCGUGUCUCUGUUCCCCAAAAUUCCUAGCCAUACUCCUACUAAUCACAGCCAUACCCAUCGGCAUAAUCAUAUCCCUAGAACGAGCCCCACAACCCACUCACGUCUACCACUAUCACAGCAACGGUUGGUUCAGAGAAUGCGCUAAAUGGGAUUCCCUCAACAACCGUUUCAUAGUCUCUUUCUUUGAAGGCGGCAUAGGUCAAAUUCACAUACCAGAUAAUCAAUCACCGGGAACAGUGUUCGGAGAAGAAACAAUCGUGAAAGAAUCAGAGCUAGCCGGAAACGCGUCGUUGGGUUUGACGAUUGACCGGAGUAGGAAUCGGGUUCUGGUAGUAAACGCCGACGUUUUGAGAAAUCGUUAUGGCUCUCUCGUUGCUUAUGAUCUUUCAACGUGGAAACGCCUCUUUCUUACUCAACUCUCUACCCCUAGUGAUGGAAAAUCCUUUGCAGAUGAUGUUGCGGUUGAUGCAGAAGGCAAUGCUUAUGUGACCGAUGUAAAAGGAAAUAAAAUAUGGAAAGUUGGGGUUGAUGGGAAUGUUAUAUCAAUCAUUACAAGUCCACUCUUUACUCCAAAAGAAUGGCACAAAACAUUUGUUGGACUCAACGGAAUCGUUUACCACCCGGAUGGAUUCUUGAUAGUGAUUCAUACUUUUAGUGGGAAUUUGUUUAAGAUUGAUUUGAAAAACGGAGAGGAAGUGAAGAUCAUAGAGGUUAUUGGAGGGCCACUUUCUUUUGGUGAUGGUUUAGAGUUGUUGUCUCCUGAUAAGGUGGUGGUUGCUGGUAGUAAUCCUUCAGGGAGAUUGGUGGAGAGUUUAGAUGGAUGGAAUACAGCUUCUGUUGUGGGGAUAUUCUCUGGGCCCAGACAUCGUUUGGCUACUGCAGCUACUGUGAAGGAUGGGAAAGUGUAUCUAAACCAUAUAGUUGGAAUUGGAUACCCUAAAAAGAAGCAUGCUCUUGUUGAGGCAGUUUUUUAAUUCAUAGUGUUUUGUUUUCCAUAAAUUUGAACGCUUUAGGUGAAAAUUUGGUGUUUCUUUGGUUAUUUAUGUUCGGUUUUGUGGUAAUUGUUGUUACUUUUUAGAAAUAUAAGCUGCGUUUGGUGGGAAAUUUGGUGUAACUGUGGUUCCUUAGUUUUGUAGCUCUUCUUGUUUUUGUCACAAUAAAAAAGUUACUAUCUUCAA